UCAGAUCUUAAUCAUCAUCGGAUGCAGUAUUGACAUAGUCUGUCUCGUCGUCACACUGGUCAUCUACAUUAUCUGCAUUGCAAAUAAGACCCGUUCACAGCCACAACAGUUGAGUUUCAUGAAUGUUUGCAUUGCUCAACUUGGCCUGUUCUUCUUCGUUCUUUUGGACGUCGAAACCGACAUCGACAUCGCCAUCAGCUUCUUCGUCGACUGUUUCCUAUUCAUCUCGGUGUCUUGUGUCCUGCUCGAGGCCGUUGCCAUAUGCAUCUCGGUCCUGGACAAGACCGUCCAUCGUAAUAUGACGAUCGCCGGGGUUAGCUGCUGCUGGGGUCUUCCUCUCCUUAAGAGCAUUAUAACGGUUGCUGUAGACUCCUACUCAGACGACACAUACUACUCAUAUGGUCCUGAAGAAUACUUCUUGGGUACUGGGCAACCUCUCAAUACAGCUGAAAUCGUCAUCAUCACACCUUUGUUUUGCGCCACCAUCGCCGCGAUUGGUUACUCCGUAUUUUCACUGUGUCACGCUUCCACAGUCAACGGAAAAGAGGAGGAGAAACAGCGACACGAAGCGUGGCUUCGGAUUGGCCAUAUUUCUGCGAUAUGCCUGUGCUUCUUCUCGUGGAUCAUCGCCCUUCUCGUUGUCGGCAUCUGCAGGCAAUCAUUCUGCAUCGUUUUUAUUGUCUUCGCUUUGCCUCAGGGGAUCGUCAUCCUCGUUGGUUUCUGGUACCGGAUUACCGGAAAGAAGGAGUUCUGCGAGUCGAGCGGUGAGGACAACCCCGGACGAUCAUCGAGUGUUAGCCCUUUGCAAGAUGGCGAUGAAAAGAAAGGGAAUACCGAAUCGAUCCAGAUCAACUCAAUGGGCGCUACCGGUUAGGCUGAUUAAGGCAUGGUGGACCAACCGAAUUAAACAUAGAGAUGGGUGGUAAUAUAUUACACACAUGUGAGGAUUUGGAGUCACCAAAGUUUGAUCAAACGGAAAAAAUAUGGCUAGGAUAUAGAUUUUGGAUAAAAUACCGUUUUAUUUCCAGUAAACAAAGCUAGUUCAGAGAUAUUAUCUGCCCAUGGACAGAUAAAGGUGAUUUGUACAAAACUGUAAUGCCGGAUACACAUUCGUGAAAUUUAUGUAAUCGUUAUUCAUUCUGUAAUACAAAGCCGGAUAUUUUUUUGAGGGGGCAAAAACAAAGGUAUUUAUAAGCCAUGCAGUUCAUAGUUGCAGUCUGAGCAUGAGCAGAUAAAGGUCAUUGCAGACCAAAUUGUGAAAUACAU